AUACAGAAAAUAGUCCCAAGUUAUAGUUACAAAAGAUCGUUUACAAAAACCUGUUUAAGAAACACUGAGCAAUGCAUACUUGCCAUUUAAGUCGGUUAUGUGAUAUAAUAACAUAACGUACGAAAAAAUACGACGAUAAAUUAGAACUAUUUUCAUAUAAAUGAUAUCCGGCUUAUUACAUUCUAUGUUGUGUAUUCAUCGGAUAUCAAAUUUCUCCUGUUGAAAAGUUAGCACUUUUGAGUAUUUUAAAUCUCAUAUCUUUAGUGAUACUGCUUUAAAAUUGUGUUACAAUUUAAAAUAUGUGCUUCGCUUAAACAACACUCACAAUGCAAGUUUUCAACAAAGAACUUACAUAAGCAUAAGCAGGUUUUCGUGAUAAAUAAAAUUCACUUUGUUCAACGUCUAGUUAAAAAAUAUUAAGAAAUCGUUGCCUGAAUGGAAAUUAAAUAUUAAACCAACAUUGAAUAAACUAGCUCAGAACUUUCAAGGCAUUGGACAAACAUUUAAUGAACUAAUGAAAGCAUAAACGCUAAGUACUUUCACGCGCACCGUUAAAACUAAAUCACGUGAUUUAUUUUGAACAAUAUCCUUGGAUCUCUGUUGCUCCGGUCAAAGUAGAUCAUAAAAGAUGAACAUUUCCUUUUGUGGAAGCGGAUUUCUAAGUAUAUACCAGAUUGGAUCUCUGAAAGCACUUCUCACAAAAGCUCCAAAAUUUGUGGCUGGCAUAGAGAAAGUAGGCGGGGCAUCUGGUGGUGCGCUGACAGCCGCCAUUCUUGUGUGCGAACCACACCGGGUCGACGACUGUAAACAGUUUAACCUGGAUUUAGCAGAAGAUGUUCGGAAGCGACACUUACGAACGUUUUCACCCACAUUCCAUUUGUUGAAACCAGUCAAGGAAUUUAUGAAGGAUAUUGUGUCAGAAAACGCAUAUCAAAAAGCAAACGGAGUACUUCAUGUUUCGUUGACUUUGCUUGAGAAGUUUCGUUUACCUCAGAGCCGAAUUGUGUCAUCUUUUUCAUCGAACGAUCAACUGAUUCAGAGCCUUAUAUGCAGCUGUUUUAUUCCCGGAUAUGUCGGAUUCAUCUUGCCUAAAUUGAACGGAAAGUACUGCAUAGACGGCGGCUUCAAAAACAAUCUGGUUGGUUUCCCCGACGGCCGCACCAUCACGGUCUCUCCGUUCAGCGGCGACCAGGACAUCUGCCCGAACGAGCAGACAGCAUCAUCGCUAACAGUGCGUAUGGCUAACCAAGCGUUUGUCGUGAACCGGAAGAACGUGAAACGCGCAUGGCAGUGUGUUUUCCCGCCACCGCGUGACGUGCUGUUGUAUUACUACGAUUUGGGUUACCACGACACCGUUCGCUUUCUGAGUAACAAUUAUAUAACAGAGUGAUAACGGUCUUAAUACAUGUAUUUAUGUGUCAUUUGUGUAUUUUUGUUAACAAAACGUCAGCUGGUUUUUAGAUGCCAUAUGCAUUUGCAGGAACCUUUAAUUCAGAAAUGAAUAACAGUGAUCUGGAAGACAUGUUAUUUAUGAACGUUUUUGUUAAUCAUUGCUUACGUGAACUGCUGAAUGUUUGGUUCAUGUAAAUAUAAUUAUAAAGAACUAGUUUUAAAGUUUAUGUUUUUACCAAAAACUCAGAGAAUGUUACCUGUUGACAUUGUAAUUUGAAAAGCAUGUGGCUCACUCAUUACAACGAUACCUCUGCAUCGAUGGUCACAUUUGUUGUCAUAAGUUGAAGAAAUAAAAAUGUAUGCGUUUUUAAAA